AUGAACGACCCGGACAUCAGCAUGGACCACUCCAUGCAGGACAAUACGGAACGACCAGCGAAGAGACCAUGUCUAUCAUAUACCCCGGACGACGACGAAGAGGUCCCCGCGGAAUUUGAUCUUCCAGCUGCGCGCGCACAGAACGACUCGCGACUGAAGUCUCUCUUCGAAGGCAUUUUUGCGAAAUAUAGCCAGGACUUCACCGACGUCGGUGAUGAGAUCGACCUGCAGACCGGGGACAUAGUGGUAGAUAAUGGGCAUCUUCUGGGGAUGCGGGGCGAGAACGACGCUGGGGACCAGCCGCGAUCAUGGCUCCCCCAGAGUGACCUAGAUAGGCCGGAAGAAUCCGAUGCAGACGAUGACAAAAGCACGAAGGGAGAGGAGGAUGAAUUCUUUUCUAUGGCAUCCUCUCCCAGUCGUCGCUCACCAAAUGCUCCACGUGAAUCGUCGCCAUCGAAACAGCUACAGACAGACAUGGAUACCUCUUUGGAUUUCGUGUUUACUUUCAAAGCAUCUGGGACUGCAGGCCUCAGUCCUAUGACCAAGGAGGAACAUGUCUCCCAUCCCACCAACCAUAUCCCAGCUUCUAAACCGCAAGAUCCAAUCUGGGCAGUCCCAGACUUGCCCCUAUCCUUUUCAACACCCACCACUGAGACCCGCAAAUCAAACGUGGGCUUCUCUCCACCUCCUAGGUCUUCGUCCCCGCCAGGGAGCGGCUCCGUCUGGGCUCUGCGCAGACCCCGUAAGCCACGCACAGAAACGAAACCCAAGGCCACGCCGAGUAAGCGCCGACCAGCCGCGAAGCGCAAAUAUCAUUCCAGCCCUGUGACGCACGACUGGUCUUUUGCGGCAGUACCAGAUGGAAAUGAGUCAGAUGACCCUUUGCAGGACUAUGAGCCAUCACCGACACCAUCGAAAAUGAAAAUUAUUCGCGGGAAGCGCCACCUUCCGACGAAAGAGAACGAUGGUCCAUCUACUCCUUCGAAGCAGCCGACUGUUGUCAUCGAAGUCGAUGAUCAAGGUGACGAUCAAGGCGAUGGCCAAGAAGGAGGCUCUGAACCAAGCGACCAUGACGAUGAAGUGCCUGACACACACCUUGAAGAAGGGGACUGCGAAUCGAGCAAUCAGGUAAAAGAGGUGCUUGAAGCAUGCCCUGAAGAGGAGGGCUGCGAACCGAGCCACCAAGAAGACGGAGUACCCGAAGAACAACCCCAAGGAGGCUGCGGACCAAAUGAUCAAGAAAUCAAAGCGCCUGAAGCAGAAUACAAAAACGAACUGCCUUUUGGUUCUGUGGUACAAGGCGAUUCAACCCCCAAGGUCACGGCUAGCACGUACGCCCCAUCCCCGCAGCCCAUGGAAAGCACCCCAAGCAAAAGGUGGCCCAUAACACCCGACGAAGCAAAGUUAAUCGUUUGCAUGAUGUACAAACAAGAAAAGAAGGCCAGCGACGUGAUGCACAUGUUGCCAGGUCGCGAGUACCAGACAGUUUGGCAUUGGUUCUACAAUCACUGGACCCGCCGCCUCGCCAAUCCGCCUUCCCUUUCCGCCGCCUGGUCGCAGCCUGAGCUGGCAGCUCUGGCCCGACUCAGCACCCAAUCAGAUCUUACCUGGGGUCAGAUACAAAGUCAGUUCAAGGGCCGAUCGCGACAUGAGGUUGAGUUCGAGCUGCUACGUGCUUUCGUUGGUGAGGGCUUUACUUCUGCAAUGUUAGGGAACACGGAGGAACAGGCGGAGUCGGAAGAGCAGCAACACGACGAAGAGAAACAGGACGACGAGAUAAAGGAUGAGUCAGAAUCUGAAGCAGCCGUGGAGGAAGUCAAAGAUGAGGCAGGAGAUAGCAAUGCUGCGUCCGAAGAUGCUCAGGAAGAGCAUGAGCAGCUCGGCAUUCAUGAAAUGACCAAGACAACUGACAGUAAGGUGUCUGCUCCCGGCAGCUUCUUGGGCAUUUUUGUAAACUCCUGA